AUGGCCCAAACUAAGCUCAUGUCACUGAAUGUAUGGGGACUAAACUCCCCCAUGAAGAGAACGAUGCUAGCACAGGAAAUAGACAGGAAAGGUGCUGAUAUUGUCUUUCUGCAGGAAACCCACUAUAGAGGUGAAUUCAAACCGAAACUUAGAUCAAAACGCAUUCAAAUAUCCUACUAUAGCAAUAAUGUUAGACAGAAAUCUAGAGGUGUGGUGAUCCUGAUCUCAUCCACCGCAGCCUUUACUGAGAUCGGAAUCAAAACUGACCCAAGAGGUAGGUUUGUGUUUGUGAAGGGGAUAUACAAUGGAGUCCUCACGACACUG